AGUAAUUGCCCCUGCUACUUUCCGUCCAGCGUCCAGAAGCUCUCUAGAUUUAUCCCGCGACCGCCUCCGCAUGCACCGCUCGGUGUGUAUCCACUGGAUAUGCGCGUGGGUGGCUGUCAUGCUCCCUACCAAAAUGCCGUAAAGCACGCCUUGCAGCCUCGAGCAAGCCCGAGCCUACGACUCCGUACGUUUCAUUCAACAGCCAGCCAUGGCCUCGUCAGGAUACCCCAUUCCGACGGUCAAGAUAUCCUACCACCCCCGAAUCCGCAUGCCCGAGAGAUAGCCAUUUUGGGCGGAGGAAUUACCGGCCUCGCAACAGCCUUCCACUUGAGCAGCCAGCUUCCCAGUGCAAAGAUCACGAUAUUCGAGAAGAAGGACAAGCUUGGUGGAUGGGUUGAUUCGGAGGUGAUACCGGUGGGGAGGGGAGAGGUCCUUUUUGAAUGGGGUCCUCGAACACUGAGAGCAGGGAUAGGGCCUGCGCCGCUUGCGAUGCUCGAGCUGCUUGCGCAACUGCACAUAGGUAGAGAUCUCGUCGCGAUAUCAAAGUCUAGCCCGGCUGCCCUCAAUCGCUACAUCUACUAUCCUGACCAUCUCGUCCGCUUACCCGUCCUGUCCAGACACACUUCGCUCUUUGAGCUGCUUCGGACUUUGAACACUGUGCUCACCGAACCGCUGUACGACGGAAUGCUGAGAUGCUUGAGAGAACCGUGGGUGGCUCCCCGAGAUGAAGACGUCAAGGACGAAUCCGUCGGAGAUUUCAUAUCCCGGAGAUUUGACAAGGCAGUUGCGGAUAACCUGCUUUCUGCCGUGUGCCAUGGGAUUUUCGCUGGCGACAUCUACAAGCUCAGUGCGAGGACUUUGCUGCCACAGUUGUGGCAUCUUGAGACCAGAGAUCGAGAAAGAGCGCCUGGCAUCCUUCUGGAAAUCUUGUCCAACAUGGUGAACCGUAUUACAUUCACACCCGUCAAUGUUGCUCUACAUGCGCACCGGCAGAUUCUCGCGCUCAGGGCACGAGAGAAUUAUUUCAGAAGAAUACCGAAUUUGGACAGCUUCGAUGAAAUGAGCGUCUACACGUUCAGGCGGGGCUUGGGUCAGAUAACCUCUGCACUGGAACAAGAACUUAGCGAAAACAAGAACAUCACCAUUGCACGGUCGACCUCGGUCGAAGAUGUCGUGUUCUACGACAGCAAGAAUCAAGUGUCCAUCACGCCCAGCCCGACUGGAAUCACCUCAAACUAUGAUUAUGUGGUUUCGACGCUAGGCCCCCGGACAUUGAAACAGUUUCUCUCCAACGGCGCUCGAGUAUCAGGCUCAACGCUGGACCCCAAAGUCAUAAAGGCCUGUGAACACAGCGACCGCUCGGUCAAUGUCAUGGUCAUCAAUCUUUACUACAGCAACCCGAAUCUGCUGCCCCAAUCACUCAGAGGGUUUGGGUACCUGAUUCCACGUUCCGUCCCGCUCGAGCAGAAUCCCGAGCGUGCGCUGGGCGUGUUAUUUGGCUCCGAGACAUCGGGUCGGUCUGAUACAGUUGGCCCUAGAUCUGCUGAGCCUCACUUUAUCUCCAUUGACAGCAACCCGGGUAGCCCGCUGGAUCCAGAUCCCCCGACAGGCGAUUCAGAGGUUGUGAUGCAGGACACCGCACCAGGUACAAAGCUGACGGUCAUGAUGGGUGGCCAUUGGUGGAGUGAAUGGGCACUGAGCAACCUUCCGAGUGAAGAACAAGCUAUUGAAAUGGCCAAGACUCUUCUGAGAAGACACCUCAACAUCGAAGAAUCUCCUGAAGUUGCCAAAGCGCGGCUCAAUUGCGAAUGCAUACCACAGUAUCCCGUUGGAUAUGCUCAAGAUAUGGCCACCAUUCAUGAAGGAUUAACGGAUACGUUUCACGGACGGUUGAAAGUUGCAGGUCCCUGGUGGCGGGGCGCUCCAGGAAUGAGCGACUGCGUCCUUGCCGCACGCGAAUCAGCUUGGGCGAUCCGCGACAAAGACGACGACUAUACCGGAUUACAGGGGUAUACGCAUGAAUCAUGGGUCAGGACUCAUGUCCCGACUGGAACGACCACUACUGAGCGCAUGCAGUGAGGCUCACGUCCUCAUUCGCAGUUUUAAAAGUUUUUACGGUUGGCAGCUUCAGCUCAAGGAAUAAACCUGGAUUUUGUCAACGGAAGCCUACCAAGCGCAGCUAACGGGGUGAAUGUUGCAAUGGCAGUGGCAGAAUGGACCCUUGGAGGUGAUCGAACACUGGCCUUUUUCUUGUCCCUCCCAGCCGAUCUUCUCACUAGACCAGCGGCGUCUUCCGGAGGAUUUAUUUCAGCUCUCUUGCGAUCGCCUGUACUAUAUUUGAGCUUUUCUAUCUGAAGAAUGCGACCCAGGAAGACUAUAAAAGUUCGACGAAGAAUGCAGACAGUAUUACAACCACCUUAAGACGGCCGGUCCUCCUCUGGCCUGCGUGGUGUCCUAGUAUGGCCAGAUUUCGAUAUGUGAAACUGACUUGCUCUCAAUGCGGAUGUGUGAAAUGGUCUUUUGGAUUUUGUAUCUGCAUGAAUAGAGUCUUUGGUGUCUCUGACGUCGGAAGGGCACGCCCCCGGAAGGCCUGCGCUCUCGACGCCGGUGGUGCCUAAUCCUCCCACUCUGCCAGUGCGCGAACAAUCACUCUAGAUCUGAUCCGCCAGAGAGAUUGAUUGCAGGGGCCGCAAUCCACCUGGGAGACUGGAAGCGGUGGUUCAACGAAAUGUCAGUGUGCCAACGGGACCGAUGCAAUACGUUACCCAUAGUGGGUGGAUGGCCACUGAAUACAACUUUCGUUAGACUGAGAGCUCGGUGUUGAAGAUUUGCAGUUUGUCUUGGCGUGCA